GUGUUUGGUCAUUCAAAAUGAUGGGAAAAAUAUCACUUGGUAAUAAUCAUGUUAUUAUCUAUAAUUACGAAUGUACAUAAAUACAGCUGCUGCAGUUGAUAUUAUCUAUUCGAUCGUUAGGUGGAUUAAAAAAUGCGCAACCCGUUUCUCGAUGCGCAUAAAUUAAAACGAUCGUUAACUACAGUAGGUCUCUCUUGUUCGACGACUGUUGUUGACGGUUAUUAAUCGCUGCUGGCACGCGCACGACAGUGCACCCACGGGACGGCCAGAGUACGUUGGCAACACUGAGUCAUCAGAGAAACUACUGGCUGCGGAGCGUUUAACACUGUCGUUCGUCAGUACUCAGUAUCCGUGAAAUAUCGUUUCAAACAUUACGCGGCCUACGACAUUUUAUGAUUUUCGUUAUUUUCACAGUUUGUCCGAGUAAAGCGUCCAACAACUCGGAACAAAUGAGAUCCAACCGCCAUAUAAAACGCAUUAAAAGAUAACUCGAAAAUGGAUUCAUUAACGAUUAUUUUGACGACCAUCAUACUACAAAAGCUCACGAAUGCGUUGGACGCGGCGGCCACCGUGUGCGAUAACGAAAUGGCUUGCAAAUGCGCCAACAACACAGUGUCGUGCACGACACUAGAACAAGAUGGAGCGUUCAUUCUUCCGUACGGAACACAAGUCGUACAUUUCGACAACGUUCCUAUCGCGAUCGUCAACAACGGCACGUUUGAAAAUGGCAAGCUACUGCGAGAAAUCACAUGGGUGGCGAGCAAGAUAAAAUUAGUGGAGGCAUUGUAUCACAAUGAUCUUAAGUACUUAGAUUUAUCUAGAAACGAUAUUUUUAAACUGUCAGAUGAUACAUUCCACAACUGCCUUCGUUUAGAGUACAUAGACCUGUCUGACAAUCAACUGAAUAUUUUAUCAGACAAUUUAUUUUUACACACUAGCUCACUGGUAACGGUCAACUUAGAGAAAAAUCAUUUUAGUUCAAUAUCAGACAACUUGUUCAAACAUACUAUUAAUUUGAAAAACCUUAGUAUAGGCAAUCCAAAUUUAUCUUUACUAGAUACAAAUUCAAUGGCAAACUUGUACAAUCUGGAAUACCUUAGUAUUCAAAAUUGUGGAAUAAGAAAUCUCAAUCAAAGUUCCUUUGGUGAACAUAAUAUGUAUCUAUAUAGUGUUAUACUAAAUAACUGUACACAUUUAACAUCAAUUGACAACAAUUUCAUUAGUUCUUCGCCAAACAUUAAAAUUAUAGAAAUUAACGACUGUGGUACAAUUGAUUUCUUACCACCUAGUAUUGUUUCUCUUAAGAACCUACAACAUUUACGAAUGUCAAAUACAGAACUUCAACCAAAUUGUCAAAAUGGAUGGUUUAGCCAAUGGUUCAAUAAUGAAACAACUACUGUAGUUGGUUAUGAAAAGUAUUCAAAUUUUAUUGAAUCACUGAAUGAAAUUAACUGCCCACCAAACAUAUACUAUACAAACAGUCCUAUUACACUACAGUUAACCAAAAAAGGAAUUAUUAAUUGUAUGGCUUAUGGAAAUCCACUUCCAUCAAUUACUUGGUUAGUGCCAGGUGGAUUAACAUUUCACGAAAAUAAACAAGCCGAUAUAAAUAUAUCACACCAUCCAAACGUCCAUAACUGGGAUCUAAAUCAAAUAGUUAGUCAAUCACUUAUAACUGACAAAAAUGGAUCUUUACAUAUUCUACGAAUGCUAAGAACCCAUAUUGGUAAUUAUACUUGCUAUGUAUCAAAUAAAUAUGGAAACAGUUCCAAACUAGUGGAAGUACAUCUAGACAGUGAAGUAUUUUUCAGUAUCAAAAUAAAUGCACUGUUAUUAGGAAUAUCGUCAGCACUAGGAUUUUUAAUGCUAACUAUACUAUGUUGUGCUUUCAAGCUACUAUUAAUAAGACUGAAUUGUAUAAAAAAACGGAGUCAACAGACAGAAACAGAAAUGGGAUCUACAGAAAAACCAAACAUUUUUCCAGCAGAUGUUUAGUUGUAAAUAAUUGUUACAUGAAAUUGUCUUAUGGUCAAUGUCAGCUAGUCCUACUGACGGAAAUGGAAUUAAAUUGGAAUCUACCCUACAAUAAAGAAAGUUGUGUAUGUAAUAAAUAAUAAUAAUAAUAAAAAAAAUGUUAUGUUGUUUAAUUAUAUUUUCAUAUUAUUGUCUAUUGAAUUUUGUAGAUUUUUGUAUUAUUUUUGUAUAAUAAAAUAAAAUAAGGGAUAUUAAUUAUACUAAAUGAAAAA